UUCUGAUCAGUGUCAGAUUUCGGGUGGAGGUUCAAUGUUCACUUGGUUCACUUGACAAACACUUAUUUCAGGAAGAACUUUGACUUUGAUUCAUUACCAUGGCGUAUUUUGGAAUAAUUGAUUACAUUGUUGCUAAUCCAGUGGUACCUUUGGCUUUAAUAUUGCUGUACUGCUUUUUUUAUGCAUUGUCAGUGAUGUUUUUUGGAUCCAAAUCCGGUCCAAAUCCAUUUUCUAUUAAAAAUGUCAAGUCACCUAAACCAGUUGUAACAGAUCACAAUCUGCGAAACAAGAUCCUGAAACAAAGAUUCAAAGCUCAGAAGGUUCCAGACAACAUAGACACCAUCAUCAUAGGCAGUGGGAUAGGAGGCAUGUCUACUGCAGUGUUGCUGGGGAGGGCAGGUCACAAGGUCCUUGUUCUAGAACAACAUGACCAGGCUGGCGGAUGCUGUCAUACAUUUGUGGAGAAGGGAUAUGAAUUUGACACAGGUAUUCAUUAUGUUGGAAAGAUGAUGGAGGGAGACAUGACACGCAUUUACAUGGAUCAGUUGACAGAGGGUCAGGUUGUGUGGGAGCCUUUGGGGGAAGUGUUUGAUACGGUCACCAUUGGGCCAAUCGGCAAGGCCAAGUUUUAUCCAAUGAAGAGUGGGUCCUAUGAGAUAUUUGCCAAGAAUUUGGAAGAACAUUUCCCUACAGAAAAAGAUGCCAUUGCCAAGUUCAUUGGCAUUUUGAAGGAAUGUAGGGGUGCUUUUAUGGGCGUCAUCAUCCCCAAGGUGAUCCCCAAGUGGGUGGCCAAGAUUGCAAUCAAGACGGGGAUCUACCAGCUGGUGAUGAACAAAUUUAUGAGGAUCACACGGAAGACUGUACGAGGUGUUUUGGACGAACUGUCACAGAAUGAAGAGUUUAAAGCAGUUGCUUCGUAUAUUUUUGGAGAUAUGGGAGUAGUGCCGAGUGAACUCAGUAUGAUGGGCUAUGGAACAUUGAUAAACCACUACAUUCCCGGCUCAUUCUACCCCCGGGGUGGGACCAGUGAAAUAGCCUUCCAGAUAAUCCAAGUCAUAGAGAAAUAUGGUGGUCGGGUACUGGUUGACGCACCAGUCUCAGAAAUCCUAAUCAGCGAAACUGGCAGAGCUCAUGGUGUUCGGGUGAAAAGAAGUGGCGGGGAUGUAGAUCUGUUUGCUAAAAGGAUAAUAUCAGAUGCUGGUAUACUGAACACGUUCAAGAACCUGCUGCCGAAAGAAGUGGCUGUGAAAUCACCUGUCUAUGGAUUGAUUGGGGAGCCCUUGCAGUCCAGUAUUUCCUUUCUCACUGGCUUCUAUGGGCUGGAUGGAUCCAGUCAAGAACUGGGUCUGCCUUUGGGAAAUGUAUGGUCCUUCUUAAAUGCUGACUUUGAAAAAGAUUUGACAAGUUUUGUUAAGAUGUCAUUAGAUGAGGCUGCAGAGAGUGACAUCCCUCUCAUGUUUACCUCCUUCCCCUCUGCCAAGGACACUGCAUGGAAUGAGAAAUACCCAGGCAAGUCGGUUGCUCUGGUGAUCACAUUGUUGCCCUGGCAAUGGUUCAGCCAAUGGGAGAGUGGCAAAGUGAAACAUAGGGGAGAUGACUAUGAUCAGCUGAAGCUCAGUAUGGGACGUCACAUGUGGAACCAGCUUGUAGAGUUGUACCCACAGUUAGAGGGCAAGAUGGAAUACAUGGACGUAGGAACCCCGUUGUCAAACAAGUACUACUUGGGUCAGCCUGAAGGUGACAUGUACGGGCUGCACCACAGCAUGGCCAGGUUCCUGCCUGAGGUCUCCAUGGAGCUCAGACCCGAGACAGGCAUACCGGGUCUAUAUCUGACUGGUCAAGACAUCUUAACAUGUGGCUUUAGUGGGGCCAUGCACGCUGGACUUCACGGCUUCAAAAUACUGAAAAGAAACCUGCUCACUGAUAUCCAGGCCUUAUCAAAAGAGAUUCGUGCUCAGAUAGCGGCAAAUAAAAAAGGAGAGUAGUAGCAAAACACUUGCAAAACAGGGUUGUUGUGUUGAUUAACAUUAACAAAAUGAAUGAAAUCAGAAUGAUGAAAUAGAAUUGAUUUAAACAAGUUGUUAGGACAAAAAGACUUCUUGAUUGAACUUGUAUUGCCCAUAGUUUAAGUAUUUAUACUUGCUUCAUACUGUAAUAUAUUUGUAUUGAGAAUAAAGCAUAUUUUAUUUUA